CGUGCAUUCGUCCGGAAGAGCGCAUCUAAGAUGGCUGCUGGUGCAGUUUCCGGAUGCAUAUUUUGUCAAAUCGCCACCACUUCCACCUGCACCACUCUCCUCCACUCCGAUGAAAAUGUAGUAGCUUUUCAGGAUAUCAACCCUUCAGCUCUCAGGCAUUACUUGGUAAUUCCAAAGGACCAUAUUCCUACCGUCAGAGAUCUCAAGAAAAGCCAUAAUGACUACUCCUUGGUGAACCACAUGCUAGAUGUUGGAAAGAGUUUGUUAUGCAGAGAUGCACCUCAGAGCAAGCAAUACAGAUUUGGUUUUCAUCAGCCUCCUCUGAACAGUGUUAACCACCUUCAUCUCCAUUGCUUAGCACUUCCUUAUGUUUCCAGAUGGAGAUGUGUGAAGUACACAUCUUUGGGACCACUUGGGGGAUUCAUUGAAGCUGAAAAUUUGUUGCAGAAACUAAAGCUAUAAUAACUCCACAAGCACUGCCUUGAUGAAUGUAAUAAAUGCAAUAAUAAUUCAGUAAUUUUUGAAAUAAGAAUUCAGUAAUUGUGACUCGGAGGCCGUGUUCUAAAAGGCGGCAAAAGGUGGGGCCUAGACGCGCCUAGGCGUGAGGCGGCGGAGAAACGCCUUGCAUUGUAGAAAGGUGUGCAAAAGGCAGUCAACUUAAAAGUUGACCACCAAAGGCGUGAAAAGCGAAGCCUAGGCGUGCUUAGGCGUGAAAAGGCGAAAGUUUUUUAUAUGAAAUAUUUUUUGAAAAAACUGAUUAAAUUUAAAAAUAAAGUACUUUUAUAAACAUGUUAUAUAUGGAAUAUAAUAUGGAGUAGUAGAAAACAACAAUGUAUUAUUUUGUAUUUUCACUUUUAUACAUUUAAAAAUGGGAAAAUGGAAAUUAACAAUCCAACCUUUUAGCGGUCUUUUUACAAUAUUCCCGUCUUUUGAUUAUUCAGGAAUAAUCUAACCUUUGCACCAUAUCUUCAUUCAAUAGCCCCUGAUCGGUUUAUGACCUGCUAGGGUUGGACUCGGGCCGGGUCCGGGUCGGGCCUAGGCCCGGGCGGGCCGGCGGGUCAGAAAUGGUGGACCCGGGACCGGCCCGGGUAACCACCGGGUCCGGUCCGGGCCGGGUCGGCCCGGGCCCAUUAUAUAUAUAUAUUUUUUUGUUUUCCUCUUCCUAAUUAACCCCCCUCCCACCCCCAACCCCCCAAACCACCCCAAAUGGCCCAAAAUACCCAGCCCAACCCGAAAAGUUAAAAAAAUUGAAAAAAAAAAAAAAAGGCCUGAACCGGGCCCGGGCCUGACCGGGUCGGGCCUUGUUUUGGGUGACCCGAGCCCGGACCGGAAAACCCACGGACCGGGCCUACCCGGACCGGUCACUGGCCGGGCCACCGGGUCGGGCCGGGCCGGAACAGUGCUGGUCCCGGGCCGGUUCCGGGUCGGGCCACCCGGCCCGAGUCCAUCCCUAUGACCUGCUAUUCCAAGUUAUUUUCUUAUCUUUGCAAUAUAUUAUACCAUAAAUCUCACCUCAUGGUCACAUAAUGUUUUGCAAAGAUAAGAAAAUAAUUUGGAAUAUCAGAUCAUCAACCGUUCAGAGACCAUUGAAUGAAGAUGGGGUGCAAAGGUUGGAUUAUUACUGAAUAAUCAAAAGGUGGAACUAUUGUAAGAAGACCGCUAAAAUUAUAUAUAUUGAACAAAAUAAUAAUUAGGCUCAAUCUUGUAUAAUAUAUUUUGGUCAUUUGUUUUCUUCUUCAUAUAUUUGUAUUAAAAUAAUAAUUAUCAACAGAAAUCUAAAACGCCUUUUCACGUCUAGGCUUCGCCUAUUCCCGUCUAGGCUUAAGGCUUGGCCUUGAUGCCUUGUCACGCCUCACGCCUUUUAGAACAUUGCUCUGAGGUAUGGUCUUUUGUGUGAAUCAAGGUAGGUAAUUCCAAGCUUUAAUAUCGGCUCACUCCCCUUUUAAUUUAAGAUAAUAAUACUAUG